GUGGCAAGAGGAGACAAAAGUGUUUAUACACCCAUGUUAUAAUGCAGAAGGAGACCAAACAACGUUUCAUGUUUUCCUUAAUUAUUUAACUGAAAAGUUUUGCUUAAUAUGUAAGGGUCUUUAACAUUUUAUUAAACAGUAGGGGUUGUAUGGUGUAACGGUUAGCACGCGAGGUUCUGAUUCUCGAGACCUGGGUUCGACUCCCAGUACGACCUUUGCGAACAUUCGUUCGUUGUCAUCUUUUUACUGACAGUUGAAGUUUUUGCAUUUGUAUGGACAGCAUUGGGUUAGCUUAUUGGAAUGAAUAAGGAACUCAUUGCACAAACUGUUCAAUUGCUUGGUCGGAAAAGUCUUGACUUAGUUCCUGAUAAUUAUUUACAAGGGCUUGAUCGGACGGCAGAAAAUAUAUCAAAAAAAAUAAAGCAAUUGCAAUCACAGGAGGUUUCUCGCGAAGAAGCUCUGUCUGCUUAUGUCGGAUUGGCCUCAGAUUGGCCUUUGAGGCUCCUGCUCACCAAACGGCUCCUAGACACGAAUGUAUCGGAAUUACAGGAACAGGCGAAGCGUGAUAAGAAUGAAGUUCAUUCUCUCGAAGUUGUCACUCACUGUUUAGGAGAACAGGUUGCAUUGGCAAAAGAUCUCCAUCAUCAUUUGUCGCUACGUUCCCAAGAACUUGGAGCAAUGCAACGUGCAGGAAGCAAGAGAUCGGCAUCUCGUCGAUGGAAUGACAAGAUUAAAAAGCUUACCGACAAUUACGAGAAGACAUUUGUUUUCCUUGACGAGUUUCUCGACAAACAUAUAACCGAUAUCCUUCAAUCAUUCCAUGCCGACACCCAACCCUCUGCACAGCGAACAUUAGAAGGUUUUGUACAACGGGAAGGAAGCACUUCAUCAGAACAGAUGAAAGAAGUACUAGAGGCCUUAAUGAAUUGCUCUUUAGAAGCAAACUCGUCGUAUACAAUUGUUGCUGAUCCACAAAUAAGAAGUUUCCUUCUGCAAUCGGGAUUGUGUUGGGCAGAUCCCAAUGAUGCUUCGCGUUUACGUCUGCAAGAGUUCGCUGCUGAACUGUAGCUUAAUUCAGCCCAGUGGAUAUCUAAUUGUAGAUGUCAUUACCCAAUUGAUAUGUGCUACCAUCAUUUUAUUGAAUUUUCCUAUACUUUACUCCAUCAAUUCACUCUAUUACACACUUUUACUCUCGUUACAAGCGCCAAAAAAAACGGCGGAUGACCAAAUAAACACUGCUUUAGAAACGCUUUACAUUCAUCGCUCCUUUACUCAUCAUACGCUAGUUAAUUAUACCAAUCCUGUUCAUCCUAGGUAUCAGUAAUAAGGCUAUGUGUUUCACUAUACUCCCUGCUUACGCUUG